AUGUCGUGGCAGCCAAAGCUUCGCCCCAAGGGCUUCCCGCAUAGCAUUGACGACUUCGCGGCUGUGGCUUCGUUGUCGGAACUGGAGCAUCGGGCCCGGACUGGCGAGGACAAGCGCGACCAGCGCGUCUUCCGUGUGAUGGGAAACAACCUUGCAAUCGCUGCUCGGUAUACAACCACCCUUGUCUCUUCCGUGAAAGAAAGGCCACUCAGACCAAAGUAUAUUCUCGAGGGUGAAUUUGUCGAAAUGCUCGAAUCCCACCAUUCACUGGUCGUAAAAGCCCUCCAGAAACUCUACAAACUCUGCAUAAACAAAGAAGGCUUCCCAGGCGAUCCCCUCGUCGAAGCCCCAGAUGGACACCCCUUAACACACGCAAUCCUCGACCGUCUAGGGCUGAUCAAACAAGCCGAAGAAAACGCGGACGAGCCAGAGGAAGACUCGGAGGAUUUGCGCUACCUACGACUGCUAUCAACAUCCACCGAAUGCAGCGUAACAGCAGAGCCCUCACCAGAGCCAGCAACACCCCCAGAGCCCUCGCCAACUCUAUCCCGCCCACCAUGCUCCAUCCCAACACCCAUCUCCGUGCCCAGCCGUACCGCCACCACGAGUUGGCAGUGGGAUCUCCAGCCCGUCCACCAGACGAGCUACAGUUAUGCAGACUCGGGGUACCACGACUUAAUGGCGCUGCACCAGCGGUCGUCCAUGAUUGCGCCAGACAUGGGCACUGAUAUCGCGCCCCAUGUUGAUUUGCCCUCUGCGCCUUCCGCGCUAUCGCAUCAUCAACAUGCGCACCACGAGCCCUCGUUCCCGUACGUCCUGGAUGGAUGCUGUGAUGCCCCCACUCCUCAGCAGGAUGUUAAGCCCGCGCUGGCGAGGCUACCGCCUGGCCUUACGGCUGAAUCUCAUACGAAUCCCCAUCAUCUUGCGGGGAGUCUCCCUACAGACAUGAUGGGGGAUUUCCAAUUCCAGGCACAUGACUCGGCAUUUUAUCCUGGGUUCACGCCAGGCUGGAAUUUUCCUCAGUGA